UUCGACGAAGCGUUCCGAAGCUCAAACUGCAUUUUCCAGCAGCUAUCCAAACAGGUUCCUCGUUGACAGAUAUAGCAACUCCGACUCUCGAGUGUGUCUGGUCGGAACAGAGAAUGCGAUUCGUCACAUCAGAAUUCCUUCAUUUUUUCUCUUUUACUUUCUUCACUGUCAUUACCUCUUCACUUUCACAAUCCAACCAGUUUUGUGAUGCUGGAACUGGAUUUCCAUCGUCCAAGUUGUUGAUCAAAGGAGGCACGGUUGUGAACGCUCAUCACCAACAGCUUGCUGAUGUUUACGUGGAAGAUGGUAUCAUCGUUGCAGUUAAUCCUAACAUCAAGGUUGGAGAUGACGUCACUGUCAUAGAUGCCCUCGGCAAAUAUGUCAUGCCAGGGGGCAUUGAUCCUCACACCCAUCUAGAAUUCGAUGUUAAUUUUACUGUAACGGUUGACGACUUCUUCAGUGGUCAAGCUGCAGCAUUGGCUGGUGGGACAACAAUGCACAUCGACUUCGUAAUACCACUGAAUGGGAGUUUGACAGCUGGUUUUGAGGACUAUGAAAAGAAGGCAAAGAAGUCUUGCAUGGAUUAUGGUUUUCAUAUGGUUAUUACCAAAUGGGAUGAAACUGUUUCGAGAGAAAUGGAGCUCAUGGUCAAGGAGAAAGGUAUCAACUCUUUCAAGUUUUUCAUGGCAUACAAAGGAAUUCUUAUGAUCAAUGAUGAGCUUCUUCUGGAAGGAUUUAAAAAAUGCAAGUCUCUUGGUGCCUUGGCCAUGGUCCACGCGGAAAAUGGAGAUGCUGUGUAUGAAGGGCAAGAGAGAAUGAUAGAACUUGGAAUAACUGGUCCAGAAGGGCAUGCUCUUUCAAGGCCUGCAGUGGUGGAAGGAGAGGCAACUGGUCGUGCCAUUCGUUUAGCAGAUUUUGUGAACACUCCUCUAUAUGUGGUUCAUGUAAUGAGCAUUGAUGCAAUGGAAGAAAUUGCAAAAGCCAGGAAAUCAGGACAAAAGGUAAUCGGAGAACCUAUUGCCUCUGGGUUAGCCCUUGAUGAGUCUUGGCUUUGGCAUCCAGACUUUGAGAUUGCAGCAAAGUAUGUGAUGAGUCCCCCAAUUAGGAAAAGAGGACAUGAUAAGGCUCUUCAAGCUGCCCUUUCAACAGGAGUUUUGCAGCUGGUAGGAACUGAUCAUUGUGCCUUUAACUCCACUCAAAAAGCUCGUGGAAUUGAUGACUUCCGGAAAAUUCCUAAUGGUGUCAACGGUAUUGAAGAAAGAAUGCAUUUGGUAUGGGACAUCAUGGUGGAGUCUGGCCAAAUAACCCCCUCUGAUUAUGUCCGUUUAACAAGCACAGAAUGCGCUCGAAUCUUCAAUAUAUAUCCAAAGAAAGGAGCUAUUCUGCCAGGAUCUGAUGCAGAUAUUAUCAUCCUCAAUCCAAAUUCAACCUUUGAGAUAAGUGCAAAGUCCCACCACUCUAGACUGGACACAAAUGUGUACGAGGGAAGGACAGGAAAGGGAAAAAUUGAAGUGACUAUUGCAGGAGGAAGAGUUGUUUGGGAAAAUGAUGAACUAAAGGUGACUCCUGGUAGUGGGAGAUACAUCCAAAUGCCACCUUUUAGUUAUCUGUUUGAUGGACUGGACAACAAGGAUGCCAUUUAUCUGAAUUCCCUUCAAGCCCCAGUAAAGCGAGCCAAAGCCAGCACCUAAAAAAACAUCUGAGAUCCUUUUCUAGCCAAAUUCCAACAUUUUACCGUGUGAAAGACAAUGUUAAUUGUUGCUAAUCCUCUGUUGUUUAAUGUGGUACUUAAAUCUUAAGAUUCUCCCAAUGGAUUAGUAUUUAGCUUUCUGUGCAAAUAAAGAAAAAUAUGCAUGUUGUAA